AUGAUCCGUUCAGGGUCCGGCUGCCAAUGGUUUACCCGGCGGCGUCUGCAGCUCUCGCUCGCCUUCGCCGUGGUGCUAGCCUGCAUCUACACCAUCGUCCCUGGCUCAAGCCGACAGGGAACGACCAUUGAUGCCAACAACGACACUCCGCACCACCACAAGAUCCCCUUCACGUCGCCCUCGUACGCUCGCUCGCUGUCCGCACGGGAACUCAUCUCGCGGCGGCGCUCGUCGGACCUCGUCUCCAUCCCCAAGCUGAUCCACCAGACCUGGUUCCCAGCCGGGAGCAACAUGAGCGAGAACGCGCAGUUCUGGGUGCAGACCAUGCGGGCGCAGAACCCGGACUGGGAGUACGUGCUCUGGGACGACGAGACGAACCAGCUUCUCGUGGAGACGCACUUCCCCUGGUUCCUGCAGGACUAUCUGCGGCUGCCCAAGGAGAUCCUCCGGGCGGAUGUGGUCAGGAACCUGUACAUGUUCCUCUUUGGCGGAAUGUACGCGGACGUCGACACCGAAGCCCUGCGACCCGUGGACGGGCUCUUCAGCGGCCACGACACACCGCUCCGGGCGCCCAGCAGCCUCCUAGGCUCCUGGACAGGCAGGACCAAGACGCAGUCCGCCUCUUCUACGAUCACGCAGCGGGCGUUCCUGGGCCACAUGGCGCACGCCGCCGGGCUGGACGGGCCUGCGGCCGUGCCCAACGGGUGGAUGGCGUCGCCGCCGGGCCAUCCGUUCUGGCUGCUGCCUGUGAUCCAUGUGAUCGAGAACCCCGAGGGCAACGGCGACGGGUCCGUGGAAAGUCUGACGGGCCCCACGGCAGCGUGGGUGUUCUGGUCCAACUUGACCAUUUUGUUUAAUAAGUGGUUGAUUGAGUCGACCGAGUUCCGCUAUCCAAUAAUCCUGACAACAUGGCACCUCGUCUUCGCCACGCUCGCAACGCAGCUCCUCGCGCGCACGACGCCCCUGCUGAACAGCCGCCACAGCCAGCACAUGAACGCAAGCACCUACGCCCGACAGAUCGUGCCGAUCGGCCUCCUCUACAGCGGCAGCCUGGUCACCAGCAACAUGACCUACCUGUACCUGCCGGUCAGCUUCAUCCAGAUGCUGAAAGCCGGCGGGCCGAUCGUCACGCUGCUGACGAGCUGGGCGUGGGGCGUGGCGCGGCCCUCGCUGGAGUCGUUCGUCAACAUCCUGGUCAUCGCCGUCAGCGUCGGGCUGGCCGUCGCCGGCGAAGUGCAGUUCGUGUGGACGGGCGUGCUCUUCCAGCUGGCUAGUCUGGUGUUCGACGCGAAUCGUCUCGUCAUGAUUCAGGUGCUGUUGUCGGAGGACCGCCAUCAGCAGGGCCCGAGUCCGCACCCGCAGAAAAUGGACCCGCUCGUCACGCUGUACUACUCCGCGCCGGUGUGUGCAGCUACUAAUUUUCUGAUCGCGGCGUGCAGUGAGUUGCCUGCGUUUGAGUGGGAGGUUGUGUGGCGAACGGGCGUGGGGACCCUCGUUGCGAAUGCGGCGGUCGGGUUUAUGUUGAAUGUUUCGAUUUUCGUGCUGAUCGGGAAGACCUCCGGUCUGACUAUGACGCUAGUCAGCGUCCCCAAAAAUAUCCUGCUGAUCGUCUGCUCAAUUGUCAUCUGGGGCUCGCCCGUCACCUCGUUGCAGGUGCUCGGUUAUGGCAUCGCCUUGCUCGGCUUGCUGUAUUACUCGCUCGGCUGGAGGACCAUCCAGCCUCUCUUGCAGGCGGCUGUGGCGCGUGUGCGCGGCCACCGGACCGAGGAGGUCAAGUAUGAGCCUGUUUGAGUUUAGAGGGCCAUUAAAUGCUGUGAUGUAUGAUAUAUGGUAUUGAAUUUGUGUUGAUAUGAGCUUGAUUCCUGAGUAGAGGGUGGCGUUACUUGGUCAACAACUUCCUGGCUCAGCACUUGCAAUGGAGGAGACGUAGAUGUAGGGCUUCUUCCCACCCAGCAACUCGGCCAGUGAAGCAGCAGGUGGUCGGCAGUCUAUACACGGCAGAG